GCCCUCCGGUGGUUGGCAUGGAGCCCUACUGGACCACAACUAACGGCACGUGGACGCUGUACAGGAACGAGACCUCCAUCGUCAAGUGGCACUGCAUCGGCGAGUUCAUGCUUGAGAACAUAACAGAUACAUCCAGCGGCACUUUGCUCUGCCAGAAGAAUGGAACGGUCUUACAAUGGAACGAUACCAUCAGCCUGCCUUGCAACAUUCACUGCCCGGAUAAAUUUCACCCUAGUUACGAUGAGGAACGAUGCUACUACUUCUCAGACACAAACGUCACCGGUUUGCAUCAGGCGGCUGUAAAAUGCUUGGAGCUGAACGCUAGCGUCGCGAUGUUAGUGGACGGGAUGGACCUGACGCCGGCGGCACCCAACGUGAAAUACUACACGUCACACUCUACCAUGGGUCGCUCCAUGACAUACCCAGUGCUGAACCUGACGAUGGCAAACAUCAACUGCACCGACGGCAACUCCUGUAAUCUGAUGGGGACCAACAAGUGCCUAGCAGCACAGCAAGGAGGCAACGCGUACCCAGUGACCUGCAACUCCCCGCUCCACUACGCCUGUCAGCGGCCUGCUUACUGCCCCGAUGGGUACAAGAAGGUAGAUGGGGCAUGCUACUUGCCCAUAACCACCAGUUCAGUUACCCUCGAGGCCGCUGAGUCUGCAUGUAACGCCAACGGUUCCAGCCUCGCCUACCCGAACUCUGCCUCGGUCCUCAGCCGACUUGUAACCGCGCUGAAGGACACUGGCUCAUCAGGCACGCAACCAUUCUUCUUGGGCAUCAACAGCAGGACUGGGGACUACACUGCUGGGGGGCUAUAUCCUGACGCGGUGGGCUGGGGAGGGAACGCUUCCCCCUAUGUUGCCCUAGCAUUGCCCUCUGGGAACACCACCUCAGUAGCCCUCAUCAACGACACCGCGGGGGGAGGUGGCGUGUGUCAAUGGCCCGGAGUUAUUGGCUGCUACUUCCCCAGCCCCAUCCCCACUGCCAACAUGACGGCUACCGCCAACUUCACCACAGCAAAUUUCUCAGACUCCAUCGUCUACACUUGUGACCGCGGUUUCUUCGUCAAUGGCAGCGUCUCUCUGUCGGUGAACCAAACUCUGCACUGCCUGGGCGCCCUCGGCGGCUGGCAACCUCCCCUGCUGCCCUGCAUCAGAGUGCCAGUUUGCGCCAAUGCGUUUCCUAACGUCACAAACGCUGGUAUGAAGAACAUCACCGACGCUAACUCAGUAUUCCUGGAUGGAAAUGUCACCUACACAUGCCCGACGGGAAUGGGAAUAGCGGGAACCGGGGACGCAAACCAGACUUUAACCUGCUCUCAGGACGCCACCAACUCCACCUCCUACAUCUUCCAGCCAGCGUUCCAGGAGUGCCUCGCUUGCUCUGGAGCCCCGGUAGUUCUAAACGCAACAACAGACUACGCGAACACAACAGCGUACGUCUACAACGCAAGCCUCGUCACGAACGCGGCGCUCACGCCUAAAGAGUUCGUAACAGCAACGUGCGUCGACGGGUUCGAAGCGAAAUUUAACGUCACGACGCAAAACAUUUCCUGUACCAUGAACAACUGGAACAUGACGUCCAUAUUACCCUGCAAAAAAGCGUGCAGAUACAUGCCUCCUGCCGCGGGUGCGAACCUCACCAUGUCCCCCAUCACGGAGCGCUGGGUGGGCACUCAAGUCACCUACACAUGCGACCCCAGAACAUACCUCGAACCCAACGGGACUCUGCUUAUGGCCAGCAAUGUCACGGCAACCUGCUCCGCCACCGGCGACUGGACCAUUCCAAGAGGAACCCUCGACUGCUACUUGUUGGCCACUAACCAGCCACCCGCCGCCCCACCCAACAUGACGACCAUGACGACCACGUGGAAAGGCGACGGCACCGACAAUCUGCGCGAGGGCGCUACGGUAAAUUACACUUGCCCAGCUGGACAAGUGUUCGGUAAUCGUAUGACAACAGUGACGUCAACGAGCGUCAACGGAUCCUGGACGGCUAUCAACAGCAGCAUCUUGAUCUGCAGCCGAGCCUGCCUGGACCCGCCGGCCGAAAUCAACGGCGUGAACGUGACGUGGUCGGGGUUACCUACCUUCGUGGAAGAGGUUCUCACCUACCAGUGCCCUAAGGGACAAGCCACAGAUUACGGCGCAUUCAACGAGUCUAUCAAGUGCAUGGAUACGGCGGGUAAUGCGACUUACGGACCUGUAAAUCAAGCCUUCAACAUGACCACCUUGCAGGAGAAGUUUGUCUGUAGACCUGCGUGCCCUGGGCCGCCGCUAGACGCUCCCUUGCACGCGAACUCGUCGUUCACGGGCAACUUCACAGAAGGAGUCGUCGUCGAGUACUUCUGUCCUGGGUACUUCCAGAGCGGACAAUUGGCCCUCUACAACAACUGUACCAACGGCAACUGGUCCAUGAUUUACGUACCAGAUUGCGGUAAGUUAGAAAUCCAUGAUGUUAUAUAAAGAAUUCUCACUUAAUUAACCCAUAACCUCCGACUCGGAUGAGUCCAAGCAAGGCAUAUUUUAAUUUAAGCCCGAUUAUUUGAAGCGAAUAUCCUUUUGCUCCAAAAUAUUGACGAGUCUCCCUUAUAUGGGCGAGAAUCAACAUCCUUGAAAGGAACUCGAAAAUCAAGAAGAUAAUUCAAUUCUUGUAAUGAAUUCGAAUCGUCAAAAUGAGUUGGAAAUCAUUCAAAUUCUGGAUAGUUAAAAUGAAUAACGAAACUCAGAACAUAAUUUUUUUUUUGUUUUUUCACUUAAAAAAAUUAGGGACAAAGUAACCACACUCCGACCCUCCAUCAUAUGAAGUCUCCUUAUUUUUCAUAGGAUUUAUCCGCCAGAAGUGCUUCCAAAUAGAAUUUUCAAGCCACUGAUAUUUCUUUAACGAUCUAUAAAAGCUUCCAGGAAAGUUCACCUGUUGUUAUGUGGCUCAUCAAAUUUUCAGACUCAGCGCAUCGUACAACUAAAUUGUGAUUUAUUUUUUAUUUUUCCGUCUAAAAUUCCAUGAUUAAUUCAAUGGUCGUUUGCGGGGGAUAUUGUAAAAUUAAGCCUUGUUAUCCGGUAUUUAUUUACAAAAUUUUUGUCUGUUUAGAUCACAGGUUUCACGCUUUGAAUUACUAAGCAUGAUAUAGACAUAACAAAUCAAUGGGUGAAUUAUUUCCUAUUCAGUUAGGAUCAGCAGACGAAUUUAUCUAUAUUGAAAGUGAUGCUUUUGGUACGCAAAUAUAUUUUUAUCUGAACAAUUUUUACGACAUUCUUAAUGCUUGCUCUUAUCAUUUCCCCAUCAUCAUUUACCACGAUAACAUUUUCACGAACGUCAUCACUGCUUUAAAGCCUUGUUACAGCGCUAUUUUCUCGCUGAAUGGGAUGACAAUCAGGAUUCUACUUUCGUGCUCAGAGUUCAGUCUUUUGAUUUUCUGGCAGUGAUUAAAUCUUUUCAAGAAGCCUCAAUGACUUGCCUCGGGGAAGGAAUUCCAAUGGAAUCAAGCCUAUGAAUUUGAAUCAUUCAGCUAUCGUGCUGUCUUAACUUUUGCUAAUUGAAAAUUUUUGCAAAAUAUUAACUUUGUUUAUUAGCGCUCAAAUGCUAUAGAAUUACGAAUACUUGGACAUCAGUAAUAAUUCCAAAUUUGUUAAGAUUUAUAAGUCAGUCGUGUGAUAUUUUUAUAAGGUGCCGUAUAUAGGACGACUAACUUCAUGAAGGGAACUGUCAGGAAUAGUAAUAUGCGGAGAAUUUUGAAGUGAAUGGCAUUUUGUCAAAUCUUCUUUAUUUAUUAACUUUAACAUAUUGUCAAUGGAUAUGCAGAAAUCCGUAGACUUUGAAUCUCGCGCGAAUAAUAAAACAAUAAUAAUUGAACAUAAGUGAAUUAUUUGCGAACUAAUGUUAGGCAGACAUUGCAAUUAUAACACUAAUACAAAAAUAAUUAAAAUGUACUAAUAAAAACGCAAAAUAUUAUAUUUUCAAAUUUCAUUAUGUAACAUUAUAUAUGAUGUUAAUCAAUAAAUAGAUAUAAUAAUUUAUAUAAUCGCAGGUAUCUAAUAUUUUCGCCAUUUCACUAGAUUUCAUGUUUCUCUAAUCAAUUAA